ACACAACUCUGCCAACCACAAAGACCAAACACGUUUUAUUCACACAGCUGUGUUCGAUCUAAACUUUAAUUCGCAAAUUAGACAAAACCUCCAGUCUUGCUGAGCCCUCCUUUUGGCUGCAAAGGUCCUUCACAAUGCUGAACAUCCGCUGUUUCUCAUUCUUGGCUGGAGUCACUCUGCUCGGGUGUAAUACGCAGACCAACAGAUCGCGUCUGGAAGCCGUCGUUCCGAAGCGUGAGAUACUAUAUGUCGGCGGCCGAUACACGAAUGUUACAGAUAGUACUACCAAUUUGACGUCAUUGGUUCUGAUAGAACAGAUCUACGUGGAGAAGCUCUCUCCAAUACCAGGUCCCGUUGACCCACCCUUGCCUAUCAUUUUUAUUGCAGGCGCAGCCCAGAGCGGCACCAACUUCCUUGACACUCCUGAUGGGAGACCGGGAUGGGCAUCUUACUUCGUCGCCAAGGGCCAUACAGUGUAUCUGUCAGACCAACCAGCACGAGGUCGUUCAUUCUGGUAUCCCGGCCAGGGAACCCUUGGAACAAUCGGGUCCCCUGACGUUGUCUCCGAUAUCUUCACCGACGUAGCGAGCAACGGUGACAAAUGGCCGCAAGCUAAGCUUCACACACAAUGGCCUGGAACUGGUCGUGUAGGCGAUUUGUUCUUUGAUAACUUCUACAGAAGUCAACUUCAGUUUCAGACUGACCGCUUCAUUGGCGAGGAACAAAACGCGCACGCUUAUUCGAAUCUAGUCGACCUCGUAGGAGAAUGUUACAUUAUCAGUCACUCUCAAGCAGGCGCGUACGGUUGGAGAGUUGGAGACAUGCGCUCAGAUCUGGUAAAGGGCAUCAUACAACUCGAACCGUCUGGACCACCGUUCACUCUUCGUCCGCCAUUUGGGAACGAGCCAGCGUUUGCGUUCGGCUUGACCGACUUAUCGAUUGGAUACGAGCCUAGUGCGGGCAGCCAUGCUGAAGAUAUUGAAACGGUGAUCGAGCCCGCAAUCGAUGCAGACCACAACGAGUGUAUCAUGCAAAAGUCUCCAGCAAAACUGUUGACCAAUCUAGCGAAGAUUCCAGAGCUUGUCGUCACCGGAGAGGCAUCGUUUCAUGCACCUUACGAUUAUUGCACGGUCAAGUACUUGCAGCAAGUCGGUAUAGACGUCGAGUAUGCAGAUUUAGGGAAGGAAGGUAUACACGGUAACGGACAUAUGUUCUUCAUGGAAAAGAACAACAUUGAGAUUGCAGACCGUGUAUAUGAAUGGCUGGAAAAACAUUGACUGCGACUUAAGAUCCGAGAAGGAAUUUUGCCUUAUGCGCCAUCCUGCAUGUCAAUGUAGACACGCAAGGAACAGAAACGCUCGAAAACCGCCUCCAGUGGAAUCUGAUGUCAAUCUAUAGAGCCGUGGCUGGAUGCAAGAGAGUAUGCACCGGCUUGAGUUGACGAUAAAUUUACAUCACUUACACAAUCCGACCCACAGACAUUACCCACUCACAACAC